CACUCGUUCACUGCUCUCCCGCUCUCCCCUCUCAUUCAUGCUCUCUCUCUCUCUCUUAAGCUCUAUUUCUCUCUCUCUCUCUUUCUCUCUCUCUCUCUCUCUCUCUCUUAAGCUCUCUCUCUCUCCCUCUCUCUCUCUCUCUCUCUCUCUCCCUCUUUCUCUCUCUCUCUCGCUCUCUGCCUCUCUCUCUCUCACAGCGAGAGAGGGGUAUCAUACCAGCAGCCCCAUCAUUUCAUCGGUGGUGCCGGUUUGAGUUGAACUGUGUGUGUGUGUGUGUGUGUGUGUGUGUGUGUGUGUGUGUGUGUGUGUGUGUGUGUGUGUGUGUGUGUGUGUGUGUGUGUGCGUGUGUGCGUGUGUGCGUGUGUUUGUGUCUGUGUGUGUCUUCUCUCCCAGCUCUCAUUCAUCCCUCCCAAACGACGCUCCUCAUCUAGUGACGAGAGAGAGAGAGAGAGAGAGAGAGAGAGAGAGAGAGAGAGAGAGUGAGAGAAAGACGGGGAGAGAGGGAGAGAGAGGGAGAGAGGGAGCGGGCAAGCAAGCGAGCGCAUGUGAGAGAGAGGGAGAGACGGGGAGAGGAUAGUGGAACAGGCGAAGUGAACUUUGAGAGGAGCAGCACUGAGCGUGUUUCGCUCCUUCGCCGCGGCACCUUGGACUGGAUUACCCCUCCCCAUACCAUCUCUCCGGGGGCACAACAAUGGAAGUUUGGGUGUACAGUUACCAUGACCACCUGCUGCUCCACGCCGAUUGUCUCCGCUAGCUGUCCUUUGUCCGGACGUGACCGUCCCUGGGACUCGGCUGUUUUUUUUCCCGGUCUUUCUCUUUAAUGGCGUGUGAAAUAUUAGCAGCGCGUGUGAAGUUUGGAGGAGACCAGUGAACGAGCGGCGAUGGGAGACUGAGCGGGCAGCGGACCACUUUAAAAAACCUUCUGACAGAGCACCUCUGACCCAGCAGGGAGAGAGCACGCAAGGAUGACCACCGUGUCCAUGGCGUCCAUGACGGCGCUGGUGGAGAGGGUCCCGAACGGCACUGCCCUGUCCCCGUCGGGCCUGACCCCCUCCCACGAGGACACCGCCGCCACCUUCACCAUCGGCACCAUCCUGUCCAUCAUGUGCCUGGUGGGCGUCACGGGCAACAUCUACACCCUGGUGGUGAUGUGCCAGUCCAUGCGCACCUCCGCCUCCAUGUACAUCUACAUCAUCAACCUGGCCAUGGCCGACCUGCUCUACCUGCUCACCAUCCCCUUCGUGGUCUGCACCCACUUCCUGCAGGGCUGGCACUUUGGCGACGCGGGCUGCCGCAUCCUCAUCAGCAUCGACUUCCUGACCAUGCACGCCAGCAUCUUCACGCUGACCAUCAUGAGCACCGAGCGCUACUUCGCCGUGCUCAAGCCCCUGGACACGGUGAAGCGCUCCAAGAGCUACCGCAAGGCCAUCGCCCUGCUGGUGUGGGCGGCCUCGCUGGUGCUCACGCUGCCCAUGAUGGUGGGCAUCCAGCUGAUGAAGGUGGGCGCAAAGACCAUGUGCCAGCCCACCCUGGCGCCGAUCACCUACAAGGCGUACAUCUCCUUCCUGUUCUGCACCAGCAUCGUGGCGCCGGGCCUCAUCAUUGGCUAUCUCUACAUCCGGCUGGCGCGCACCUAUUGGAUCUCCCAGACCGAGACCUUCAAACAGACCAAGAAGCUGCCCAAUCAGAAGGUGCUGUACCUCAUCUUCACCAUCGUGCUGCUCUUCUGGGCCUGCUUCCUGCCCUUCUGGAUCUGGCAGCUGCUGGGCGAAUUCCACCCCUCGCUGGCCAUCUCCAACACGGCCAAGCGGAACAUCAACUACCUGACCACCUGCCUGACCUACAGCAACAGCUGCAUCAACCCCUUCCUCUACACACUGCUCACCAAGAACUACAAGGAGUACCUGCGCAAGCGCCAGCGCACCUGGACGGCCAGCAGCUACUUCAGCCGCCGCAGCCGCUUCCAGCGCUCGCCGCGCCGCUCGCCGUCCUCCAGCAGCCAGCAGUGCACCGAGAGCUUCGUGCUCUCGCACACCGCCUCGCUGCGCGCCCACAAGAGCAGCCUGUGAUGGGGCCCAGCUGGGGCUAGCUGGAUUUCACUGCUAGCGCUAGCUGGUCUUCGACGGCUAGCACUGGCUGUUAUUCACAGAUACGCUAGCUGUGUUUUUCAUGGCUAGCGCUAGCUGUUGUUCACGGCUAGCGUUAGCUGUUUUUGAUGGCUAGGGCUAUCUGUUUUUUAUAGCUAGCGCUUGUUGUUUUUCACGGCUAGCCCUAGCUGUUUGUCAUGGCUAGCCCUAGCUGCUUCUCACGGCUAGCGCUAGCUGCUUCUCACGGCUAGCGCUAGCUGUUUUUCAAGGCUAGCGCAAGCUGUUUUCCACGGCUAGCACUAGCUGUUUUUUACGGCUAAUGCUAGUUGCUUCUCACGCAUAGCGCUAGCUUUUUUUUAACAGCUAGAGCUAGCUGUUUUUCGUGGCUAGCUCUAGCGGGGUUCGCGCUUGCCAUCAGAAGGGGGUGGAUAUGUUGACGGAAUGCCCCGGCCGUUCCCUGCAUGACUCCUUCCUCGUCCAACAACGGGCUCGAACACUGAAUAUGCCAUCAGCCGAUUCCUUUUUUUGCCACUAUUUUACAGAACAGCAGCACACAUCGGCACUGGGAGUUUGACGCACAAACUGGGACAGCUUCUGUCACUGGGGAUCACUUUCUUGGCCUCUGGAGGAGUAUGGCGAGGGUGGGGGAGCUUGGUGUGUUAUCAGAUGGGCCUGAUGACCGGGUUGCUGUUGCACAAACAUGUCCAUCUGAAUGACCGCCGCCUGGCUUCCUGAUGUGGGCCGUAAACAGGUCUUUGGGAACUGUGUGUUCCUCUGGGAUGUUUAUGGAUGAAGCUGAGCCCUUGGAAACACUUCCAUCUCGGACGUGACCUGAUGAAAUGUUAUGUGUAUCGCUCACAUUUGACACAAAAGUACACAAAAUUGGUUUAUUUUUCUCUGUGGAUUUUAAAUUGGUCAUGAAGGAUAAAUGUGUUGCCUGACUCUCUGAAGAAAGAUUGAUUAUCGAUUGGAAAGAUUUUUUUCUCUCGUUGACAUUUAAAGCAGAACAUUAUCGUUGUUUAUUAGUGAAAAAUGCUUUUGACCUCCGUGAGAAAGACAAUAGAAUGAACAAUAAGGAAAGCCCAAGUUGAGAAGAAACUCCUACUUUUAAGAUGUGAGACAAUAAAAGCUACGUAAAGAAUGUUUCCACGUACGGGUCAAGAGUCUUUUAAAUAUGCAGUCUGUCGUCAUGAUUCAUACAUUUAAUAUGAAUUUCUCAAAAUGAAUCCUACAUUUAAUUGACCAACAUAGUUAAACACACCCACACACACUCGAUUGUCAAGAGCUUACAACAAUUUUCCACUGAGUUUGAAGAAGUUAAUUGUUUAAAAAGACCUAAGUCAUCCUCCCCCCCGUUUCUACAUCGUUAGGUUUUAUCCUCUGGUUUUAAUCAGCACCUACACCAGCCAUCUAUUUAUUCAGAUAAAUAACAUAACUUCUGACGGAAAGAAUGUUUUUUUAACAUGCUUUACUUUGCUUUUUCCUUCCACGAAAAUUUGCCAGGGGGGAAUUUGUGGAAAUGUGUGUGCAUUUCCACAAAAGUGUGCGCACGUAAGAAUUCCUCCCCACCUUGAGGUGUGUCCUCCUAUAGCCGAGGGCUAAUCCACCCCUUGGGAGGAAGCUGGUACACACACACACACACACACACACACACACACACACACACACACACACACACACACACACACACACACACACACACCAUCAAACAAACACACAACUACAGUAAAUAGCUUUCCUCUAGAUCUAUUUGUCUCAAAAUGACUAAAGAAAACUGAACACGGAGAAAAAAAAGAAUGAUUACAGAUGUCAUCUGUAAUCCAAAAGAGUCACCGCUUUCUUUGGCAUGUUUUCUACCAAGGAAUUGCGUUUCUUGAAACUAAAAGGUACUGGACAAUAUCCAAUAUUAUUUCAUUAUUUUUUUCCACUGAACCUUAGCCAGAGAUCAAUAGCUAAAUCCAACCGAAGCAUUGAAGCCCAUUUUUCACUGACACGUAUCGGCUAGUGUGCAAUUUAUCAGCAUGAGCCAUUCUGUUAUUAUUAUUCAACUACUCUGUUUACGUUUGUUUCUUUUGGAUAAUAUUGCUUUUUCAAUGCAAUCCUCUAUGUUUAACCUUGCAAUCAUCAUAUUUAAAAAUACAGUAUUUGACGUUGACAUUUAUUUGGAUUAUUGUAUAUAGCCAUUUAUUAAAUAUUUUCACAUGCCGUCCUCCAAGUCACAAUGUGUACGAUUAAGCCCGUACCAGUCAGUAGGUGGAAUGCUCUCCGAACUAAAACCAGCAAGUAUAGCUCAGAGCGAGACAUUCCAAACUAAAACCAGCUAGUGUAGCUCAAUGCUCGGCUUGCUGGGUGGUGUGAGUGGGACGGUUUUAGGAGGGCAGAUUCUUGUAAACAAAGGGAGGUAGGGGCUGACAGCAAUUUAAUGUGUAGAAUAAAUCUGUUAUAGGAUGUGAGCGAAAAUGAAAUCAAUAUCGAUCAGCCUUGAUUACAUAUAGGCCCAGGUAACUUUAAGCAAUGAGAUGGAAUGGACGUAUUGCAACUUGAAUAUGGCAGUUGACAUUUAUCGUCACCAAAAACGUGUUAAUAACAAAGACAGAUUGGAAUGAGCGACGCUGUUCGACUCAAAUCGAUGGAAGGUGCAACAACAGCAUUCAAGCGAACAGCCUUGAAAACAUUAAACAGUUCGGUUCUGAGCCGCAUGGCCGACAGCUAGGUUAGGGUCAUAAAUCCUGAAUGCUCUUUUCCCCCUCAUCUAACUACAGAUAUGGUCCAGGAUAAUGAUGAUGAUGAUGAUGAUGAUGAUGAUGAUGAUGAUGAUGAUGAUGAUGAUGAUGAUGAUGAUGAUGAUGGUGGUGGUGGUAGCGACCUCAUAAAUCGAACGUUAAGGGCGGUGCCAAGGUAUUUUGGGUGAGUGUUGCAGUGAGGUGGACUACAUCUCACAAGAUGACAGCGGCUAUAACUCACAGCGUCUAGCAUGUGGCCCCAGCUUACGGACGUGGAAACGGCGUGCGUGUGUGUGUGUGUGUGUGUGUGCGUGCGUGUGUGCGUGCGUGCGUGUGUGUGUGUAUGUAAAAGGGAGUUAGGGUGAGAAAGGAGAGCAUUCGAGACAAAGACAGAGUGAAGGUGCAUGCGUACACAAAGUCUGUUAGUUGAUUACGUUUUUAAACUCCAUUAGUCGAAUCGAGACCAGACACAGGGUCAGAAUUUCAUUCGUACCCAUUUGGCAGCGAGGCCAGAGAAUAACUCCAGAGAAUGUGUUCAUCUCCUCAACAACAUUUUAACGCAUGAUCGCACCAACAGAUAAGGGGAAGUGUUCUCAGCCAGAAGAAACACUUUGGGGCUUUGUCAUUUGGCCAGGAACAAAGAGAAGUAGAGAAAAGUCUCCUGGUUGGUUUAUGGAGAGGUGUAUCACUAUGACAUUAACCACAGUGCAUUAAUUCUACGUCAUUUCCCCUGAUUGGAUGAUAGAAAACCGACAGAAACGCCUUGGGAAUGAGAUCAGAAGGCAAGGAGGCAGAGAGUGUUAUGGCGUAUUAUGACCCACUAAGCCAUCAAAAGUUUUGUUCCAGAAAGUAGGUUUCAAUCCAAGUCUGGUAAUAUAGCACAGUAAUUCCUGAAAGUUUUUCUUCCGUUUCUUCUGAAUCGAUUCGUAGAAUGGUUGAUACAAUAGACAACCAAGAAGCUUUUCAUCCCCUUCUCUGUCAUGUUGUCCUCUUCUCCACCUGAAAUAAAGAAAGAAAGAAA